AUGUCUCAGAAAGCUUACUCUCUCGAAGCGCUACGUCUUGCAGAGAUGCAAGCAUGCUCUCCACUUCCGAUUCCGCUCGUGCCGAGUCAGAUCCUUCUUCGUGAGGAAGAACAAACACUGUACAGAUCGCUUGUUGGCAGAUCGAACUGGCUUGCAGUUGAAACAAGGCAAGGUCUGAAACUCACAGUCAUGAAACUCCAGCAUCGAACAGCCACUCUGACGAAGAACAACAUGGAAGCAGUUCAUGCAGCAUACAGAUACCUCAAAUCUACAACUGAGCGUUGGGUUGAGCUCGGAAAGAUGCAUCCCAUGGAGACUGGCAUGAUUCGAAGUCUACAUAAGGCGCAGUUUGAUUUUUUGCUGGCGCACCCAUACUAUGAUAUUCCAAGAAGCGGACGAUUACUACACCGUCGUCGACAGCAGCGGAGUGGUGUGCAUUGGAUAGGCUAG